UUCAAACACAACCGUCGAACAGCCUCCUCAUCUCUUCCCUAACACCAUCAUUCUUCUCUUCGCCCUUCAGCCACCUCUAUUAUCAUCCUCACCAUCAACCCCUUCCGCAUUUUGAUCGAAGCUGUCGAGUGCCUUUGUUUGCUCGCCGCAUCUGCAUCUCCGCUACCGAGUUUUUUCCUCGACCGCACCUACUCGACUUUCCAAUUCUCGUUUCUGCUGCCGUCUGCCCCAGCCCUCAACCUCUCUCCCGCGCGUCUUCGACUCGACCCUCCACGCUCCUUACGAAUCCAUUUUCUCUGUACGAAGUACAGGUUUAACAUAUCUGCCUCCUCAGCGAUUGACGACGAACAAGCCCUUCCGUCUGAACCACGACUUUCUUUCGUUACCGCGCACAGGCUGGUCAGGAUACCCCCAAUCCAGGGGAUCUCCGUACAUUGCGGACCUUGGCCGGGCCCCGUUCAAAUCAUUCUUGCUACGACAGAGCAAUCGUGUCACUUGAUGGCUGCUUGCUCCUUUCCACACUGUAUGCUGUAGCGUGCAUACCUCAAGUCGAACUCUAGACUCUUUCGCUGUCUGUCAUAUUUCAUAGGGGGUGUUCAAGUGGUACGACCUUUGCAUUGUCCAAUCCAAGCCUCACAUUUGGCAACAUAUCCGGAGCUCGUCACAUAUUCGUUGAACAUCAAUUGCAUGAAACAAAAACAUAGUCGGAAGACAAUAUGAGAGAGGUCAACUUCAGCAUUCCCAAUGUCAACAAGGCCUCCGUCCACAUUACCCCCACCCUUUACGACCGCCGAGCUUUGGAUUGUACAUCAACUCUUCCCCUGAUCAACUCCCUGAACCACCUUGCUUACCUUACCACGUCCUCGGCUCGAAUCAGAGAUAUCCUCACAGUGGAUGGCGGAGUUGAACGUCUAGUAUGCAUAUUAAAGGAGGGUAGGAGCAAGGAUGAAAUGCACAUGUGGAAGUGGAACCUUGCGUUCCAGUGCAUUGUCAACAUAGGCGUUCGAGGUUCAGAGGUUGUCCGCACCCGCGUUGUGGAAGCAGACAUGGUACCUGUGAUUGCCACUAUUCUAUGGGACUACAUACUGGUGAUUGAAAUGGAAAAAGCAAAGGUUGACGCAGAGCAAGAAAAGCGCAACGGCUCGAAGCACGGUGGCAGUUCCAGAUCAAGAGCGUCUCGUGAGCUUGCGCAAGACCCUCUCUCCAGGACAUCUUUUCUCGAGCAUAUGAAUGCUGCGGCUGAUCAACGGUCCACCCGUCGGCAAGCACCUCCGCCUUCACUCGAUCUACCGCAGUCGUUUUCUCAAUCUUUCGGAGCCACAGAGACAGGCCCUGCUGGUGGUAACGCCGUCUCUCCUGGGGUCUUCACCUCACCCCCUGAACGCACUGUUUUCCCACGCCGCGACUUCCACCAUCAUGCCCGAGGCCAGGACAGCAGGGGAUCCUUCCACCGCCCCAUGAACAUCCAACCACCCGCAACUGCCGUUCCUGCUAUGGACGCAUCCGAUGGUUUUUCACUUCGUCCCGUACGUGAAGUCGAUCGGUUACCAUCGAUGCUCCCAGCCUUAAAUACCGGUGUGACUUCCCAUCCAGACUCUCCCACCACUCCCUCGGCGCCUAUUUCCCGUGGGCCGUUAUCUCCAGCCGGCCGCCGCAUACGCAGACCUUCUAUUCGCCAUCAAAACAGCACCUCGGCUGAUCCUGACGACGUUAUGCUGGACGAUGUAGCGGCUCCCGGCGAGGAUCUACUAGACGCCGAUGGUCAUCCUGCAGGACAGAGCAGAGCGCAAACCCGAGAUCCCAGCCCACAUGACCCUGAGGACCUGCCAGAACGACAACCUCUGAGCCUAACUAUUCCCCCUCAGCAGCUUCAAGAUAUCGACAAUGUUGAUAUUGCUCAGCAAACACCAACUGUUGCAGGCAUGACCAAUCCACUUGGUCCUGCAGCCCAUGAACCGAUCGGAGCAUCACCUAUACCCCCUCCGCCCGCCACUGCCGCUUCUCCAGCCAUACCCUUGAAUGCAUAUCCUAAUUUCUUCCUGAGAACCGCUACUGCCACAGCUUCAACAACUGCGUUGAUGCCACGAGACGAGGAUGUUUUGAUGGGCUUGCAAUUACUUGCUUACAUCUCGAAAUAUUGCUACCUUCGCCAUUACUUCCAGAAAACCCAUCUCGUCCCCAGGUUGCGGAUCGAUAGAGAGGUAGAGAAGAUCUACGGUCCUAUGCGUGGAUGUCCCCUCUUGCCAGAGCCAACCGAGGACGAAGAGGAAGAAUUUCUUCAACCUGAUGACUACAAUAUAUUUCCGUUGGUUGAGAAGUUCACCGUCCGCCACCACUCCAAGGAUAUGCAAUACUGGGCAUGCGUAGUUAUGCGCAAUUUGUGCAGAAAGGACGAUGCUAGGGGGGGCAUUCGACAGUGCGCCAACUAUCAAUGCGGCAAGUGGGAGGAAUAUACACGCCAGUUCGCAAAGUGCAGACGUUGUCGGCGAACUAAGUACUGCAGCAAGGAAUGCCAACGCGAAUCGUGGAGCAUGCACCGGCACUGGUGCCACCUGGAAAACGUUUACCUCAGCCGCCGAGCGAACCCUUGAACCGGAAUAAAAUGCAUAGCCAUGGAGUAUUGAUGAAUUAGUAUUGUCAGGCGUUGCGGAAACUUUAGGUAUCUAUCAGUCAGGGGUUUUGGGUUUUCAUUGUGGAAAAAAAAGGACAGAACACGGCACCUACUACGAAUUGAUGUAUAGCGCAUAGUGUUAUUGGAUGAAGUUCGAUGGCCCCUCGAGGUACAUAUUAUCGCCGUACAGGGUGGAUGACGGCUCAUGAGGCUACGGGUGGCGAAGGUGUUUUGGAUUGUUGACCUUCGAGAGUUGCUUUGUGCUAGGGCCGCCUUGAUCCUGAUAUGUCGCUAUUGAUUGUUAUUGACACAGAUGUGUAAUAUGACGAUGUCACCGCUGCACAAUAAUGAGAAGAGUUCACU